AUGGAUGAUUUGGCCAUCUGGAUUUUUGUUGCUGGUUUUCUCUCAAAAGAACUUCUUCUUUCAUACACCAGAUCCUCAUACAGGGACUGUCCCCUCACACGGCGGCUCACCUCAAACUCAAGAAACACCAUCACAUGGAGGCGGUGGUGGCUACGACGACCGACACCGACACCAUCGCAUGGAAGCGUGGGUGGCUACCACCCUAAACCGACACCAUCGCAUGGAAGCGAUGGUAACUACCACCCAACACCGAAACCUUCCGGUGGGAAAUGUGGAACUCCGCCACAUGAAUCGUCAACUCCAUCGGUACCGUCACACUCACCUUCACACGGUGGAUAUGAUAACUACCAUUCUCCUUCAACUCCGGUCACCGAAAACCCACCACCAAUCACUCUGGAUGUCGAUCCGGGACAUCUACAUUUGGGCGGUACAUGCGAUUUUUGGAGGAGUCACCCAACACUGAUACGGGGCUUGGUUGGUUGGUGGGGUAAUCUCGGCAGUGAAUUUGGAGUGACCGGCGCUCCGGGGUUCGGUUCAACCAUGAGCUUGCCUGACGCACUUUCGAACACACAUGAUGACGGGGUCGGGGCACUUUAUCGAGAAGGGACGGCUUCGUUUCUCAACUCCAUGGUGAACAAAAGGUUCCCAUUCUCAACCAAGCAUGUCCGGGAGAGUUUUGUUGCAGCAUUGAGUUCGAACAGUGCCGCAGCAGCUCAGGCCCAUCUGUUCAAGCUUGCCAACGAAGGCCACCUCAGGCCUAGGAACUAAACAACACCUUAAUUUGGUUUAAUUUAUCAGUUCCUUUUUUUUGGAGAAUUUCAUCAGCUUGUUUCUGCUACGAUUUGGAUGGAUAUAUAAUGAGUGAUUUUAUGUUA